UGUUGCGUGUAGGGGAGAGUGGGGUGAUUUGUUCCAGGGGGGAAGUAGUGCCACCCCUUGUUUUUGGAAAACCAUAGAAUAAAUUGGUCGUGUGACCAUAUCAUUUUGAAAAGCCAUCCAUUGUACUCAUCCUCCAAAGAAGGGAGACACAUGGCAUGACAAGUAAGAUCAUCAUAGAAAACAUUACAGACGCCAUCUACGGCAGCAGGAAGACCUUCUGUGUGAUCAGCCGACACUACCUGCAGAGCGAGUGGUGCUCCAAAGAGAUCCAGAUGGCCAGCCAUCGUCUGUUUGACGAGCAGGACGAUGUGCUGAUCCUGCUGUUGAUGGAGGACAUCCCUGCCCGCGAGCUGUCUCUGUACUCCCGAAUGAGGAGUCUGGUGAAGAGACGCACCUACCUGAGCUGGCCUCAAGCCGGCCAACACACGGGAGUCUUCUGGCAGAACAUACGGCGAGCUCUGAGGACACCUGGAAGUCCCACGGACAACCCAAUCAGGGGUUUCUUUCAGAUCCAGGAAUUGAAAAACAUGUUUAAACUGUAACAAAUAAUAUAUUUCAAAAGGGAUUUAAAUGGGCUCUUCUUACCUGUAAAGGUCAUUUGAUAUAGGGGAUGGAUACACGAACCGAGGACCCGAUGGGCCGGGUCGGGUUCGGACAGAUAUUUAGAAAUAAUGUUUGGGUUCAAGUCGGCUCAGUCACAUCAGUGUGAUAAGGCAUUGAACAUUUUAAAUUUAAAAAAGCUUUUCAUGUAGGUGUACGCCUGUGUUAACAUGUGUUUGUUGCCCCAUGUGCUCUGAUGCAAACGUACAUGUGUCAUUAGUAUGAGAAAAAAAAGAGAUUUUAACUGGGUCGGGCCGGGUUCGGUUACUGCUAUGUUGGAUGCGGGCCGGGCUCGGACAGAAACAUGCGGCCCGAUCACCACUCUAAUUUGUUCAUCCUGGGGGGAUAAUGUGGAGUUUGAGGAGAUAUCUGGGGCGUAUAUUUAGUGGAGCGGGCUGGUGGAUAUCAAACUUUUUGACUUGAUUGCCCGUGGCGCCUCCCAAACGCAACGCAGACUUGUCUGGUGGAAAAUAGGGUUACAAGUUUGUAACAAGUAAGUUUUAAAAGAUGUUGUGAGUAGAUUGCAAUGACAUUGUAUUUUUAUUCAAGGAACUUCCUCAGGCAACUUUUACUGUUUGAAUUGUGAAUAGUGAAUUGUGAAUAGUGGCCAAUUAGAAUAGCCAGAUAAAGUAUUUCAUAUGAAACUCUUUCUGUGAUACAGUUCAGUACAUUAAUAAAAACAUGUAACAGAGGUCUGUGGUGUCCUUGUCACAUGUUGAGUGUUUUUCUGAAUGACAUUUAGUCUAAUUUCAUUCACAAAGCACAUGGCCGGUUACCAUGGAUACUACAGCUGUCUGUCAGGGCCACCUGAGGGCUGUUUGUGUCGUUGGGGGUUAGAGAGAGAGAGAGAGA